AAUCGAAUAGAGCAAAACCUCCGAUUCUCCCUCUCUUUAAUGCAACCCUAAUUUCCUCCUCCGACGACGACGAUGGCCGGGUCCGUACAGCAGGCGCCGCCGAGUCAGCUGUGGGACUCGGUGCUCCAGCUGACCAAGUCCGCCCAGGACAAGAACAGUGACCCGCUCCUCUGGGCGGUCCAGCUCAGCUCCAGCCUCACCUCCGCCGCCGUGUCCCUGCCCUCCGUCGAGCUCGCCCACCUCCUCGUCUCCCACAUCUGCUGGGCCAAUCACGUGCCCAUCACGUGGAAGUUCCUCGAGAAGGCACUGACGGUCAAGAUCGUCCCCCCCAUGCUCGUCCUUGCUCUGCUCUCCACCAAGGUUGUUCCAAAUCGACAGCUUCACCCUGCAGCAUAUAGGCUCUACUUGGAACUUCUUAAAAGACAUACAUUUUUAUUUGCUUCUCAAUUGAAUGGACCAAAUAGUCAGAAGAUCAUAAAAUCCAUUGAUGAUGUUCUACAUCUUUCCUGGCAGUACGGCCUUCAAGUGUCUGAACCUGGAGUUCUUAUUGUGGAGUUUGUCUUUUCAAUCAUAUGGCAGUUACUUGAUGCAUCCUUAGAUGACGAAUGUUUGCUGGAACUUGCCCCAGAUAAGAAGCCUAGAUGGCCUACCAGGCCACAAGAUAUGGAAAUAGAUGGUCAUGGUUGCUUUAAUGAGACGAGAAGUGAGCAAAAUGAAGGUUUGCAGAAAGCAAAUACUGCAAUGGCUAUUGACAUAAUUGUGGAGUUUCUGCAAAACAAAGUAACUUCAAAGAUGUUGUACUUAGCCCGUCGAAAUAUGCCAUUGCACUGGGGAGGUUUCGUUCAGAAAUUGCAAGUGCUUGCGGCCAACUCGUCAGUUUUGAGGACUAUGAAACAUAUAAACCCAGAGGGUCUUCUACAGCUGACAUCUGAUACCCGUCAACUUCUGACUCGGGAACGCAAAACAAUUUCACGACAAGAAUUUCAUGCAGUAUUGGCUUCUGGGACUUUAAUGUCCUCUGGCUGUCAGUCUCAUGGAGUGAGUUCAUCUGCUUUUUGGCUUCCCAUUGAUCUGUUUCUUGAAGAUGCUAUGGAUGGAUCAGAAGUAGCUGAAAUUAGUGCCGUCGAAUCUCUUACCGGUUUAGUGAAGGCUCUGCAGGCAGUUAAUGCCACCACAUGGCACAAUGCAUUUUUAGGUUUAUGGAUUUCAGCUCUUCGGCUGGUUCAAAGGGAAAGGGAUCCUAGAGAAGGACCUGUCCCUCGUCUUGAUACCUGCUUAUGCAUGUUGUUGAGUAUUACGACGCUUGCGGUUACUAAUAUUAUUGAAGAAGAGGAAGCUGAAUUGAUAGGAGGAAACGGAGGGGGAUCAACUAACCAAAGGAAGGAACAGGCUCCUGGAAAGCGCCGCAAAGAUUUAGUUACCUGCUUACAGCGAUUGGGUGAUUAUGAAACCUUGUUGACUCCACCUCAGUCUGUUUGUUCAGUGGUGAAUCAAGCUGCAGCCAAGGCAAUAAUGUUCAGAUCAGGCCUUACAGUCAGUAAUGGAUACCACGAAUCUGUUAGCGUGAACGACAUGCCAAUAAAUUGUGCGGGAAACUUGCGGCAUCUGAUUGUUGAAGCUUGUAUUGCGCGGAAUAUCCUAGACACAUCAGCAUAUUUUUGGCCAGGCUAUGUGAGUGCACGCAGCAGCCAAGUGAUACGCAAUGUGCCCGGCCAAGUGCCUGCUUGGUCUUCAAUAAUGAAGGGGUCACCUCUAACUCCAUCACUGGGAAAUGCUUUAGUUGCCACUCCAGCUUCUAGCUUAGCAGAAAUUGAGAAAAUAUAUGAGAUUGCAGUCAAUGGUUCAGAUGAAGAGAAGAUAUCUGCUGCUACCAUUCUUUGUGGGGCUUCUCUUCGUGGAUGGAAUAUACAGGAGCACACCUGUCUUUUUAUUAUAAGAUUGCUGUCACCUCCGGUUCCUGCAGAUUACUCGGGGAGUGAUAGCCAUUUGAUCGGCUAUGCUUCAUUCUUUAAUGUCCUUCUGGUUGGCAUAUCAUCUAUAGAUACUGUACAGAUUUUCUCCUUAUUGGGAUUGGUUCCACUACUUGCAGCUGCAUUGAUGCCUAUUUGUGAAGUUUUUGGCUCAAGUGUUCCCAAUUUCUCAUGGACUCCUACAACAGGGGAAGAACUCUCAUGCCACGCAGUGUUCUCAAAUGCUUUUACACUUCUAUUGAGGUUGUGGAGAUUUGAUCAUCCACCUCUUGAACACAUGAUGGGCGACUACCCAACUGUGGGAAUCCAAACUGGUCCAGAAUACCUCUUGUUGCUGCGAAACUGUCGAUUAGCAUCCAAGGGUAAUUCAAUCAGGGAUCGAAUAAAAAGCAGAAGAGUUUCAAAAUUCAUCACCUUCCCUUCAGGUACCAUUACCAUGGAUUGCUUUCCAAGACUGAAACUCUGGUACCAGCAACAUCAAAAAUGUAUUUGCUCUACCCUGUCUGGGCUUGUACCUGGGACUCCUGUUCAUCAACUUGUUGAUGCACUCCUGACCAUGAUGUUUAGAAAAAUAAAUAGUAGUCAGCCGUUGACUCCAGCAACGUCAGGUAAUAGUAAUUCAUCUGCGUCGGGAACUGAUGAGUCCUGUAUUAGACUCAAGGUACCAGCCUGGGAUAUCCUUGAAGCAACUCCAUUUGUACUUGAUGCUGCUCUUACUGCAUGCGCCCAUGGAAGACUAUCUCCCCGUGAACUGGCUACAGGACUGAAAGAUCUAGCUGAUUAUCUUCCAGCGACUUUGGGAACCAUGGUAAGCUAUUUUUCAGCUGAAGUAACACGGGGAAUAUGGAAGCCAGCUUGUAUGAAUGGAACUGAUUGGCCAAGCCCUGCUGCAAAUUUACUACUUGUUGAGCAGCAAAUAAAGAAAAUCCUAGCUGCCACUGGUGUUGAUGUCCCUAGCCUCGCAGUUGGUGGGAGCUCCCCAGCUACACUUCCCUUACCAUUGGCAGCCCUCAUAAGUCUCACAAUAACUUAUAAACUUGAUAGAGCCUCUGAACGUGCCCUCCAUCUGAUUGGACCGGCCAUGAACUCCCUAGCUGCUGGUUGCCCAUGGCCAUGCAUGCCGAUCCUAGCCUCAUUGUGGGCCCAGAAGGUAAAGCGCUGGAGUGACUUCCUGGUGUUUUCUGCUUCUCAAACUGUCUUCCACCACAACAGUGAUGCUGUGGUCCAGCUUCUUAAGAGCUGCUUUACAUCUACUCUCGGGUUAAGUUCCUCUCAUGCUUACAGCAACAGCAGUGUGGGUGCCCUUCUUGGUCAUGGCUUUGGUUCCCAUUUGUCUGGUGGGAUUUCUCCUGUUGCCCCUGGAAUUCUUUACUUGCGUGUGCACCGGUCUGUCAGAGAUGUAAUGUUCCUGACAGAAGAGGUGCUCUCUCUUCUAAUGUAUUCUGUUAGAGAUAUUGCAUAUUGCGGGUUACCAAGAGAGAGGGUGGAGAAAUUGAGGAAGACCAAGCAUGGGACGAGGUAUGGACAGGUUUCUCUUGCUGCCGCAAUGGCACGCAUCAAGAUUGCAGCUACACUUGGGGCCACUUUAGUUUGGAUAUCUGGCGGAUCGAGUUUAGUUCAAUCCUUGAUCAAAGAAACUUUACCUUCCUGGUUUAUAUCGACCCGUGGUUUGGAUCAGGAAGGCAGAGAACCUGGAGGUAUGGUUGCCAUGUUGGGAGGUUAUGCCCUUGCAUACUUUGCAGUACUUUGUGGGACGUUUGCUUGGGGUGUGGAUUCAGUAUCACCAGCAUCAAAGCGGCGACCAACGGUUCUCGGGCGGCAUUUGGGAUUUAUUGCAGGCGCGCUGGACGGGAAAAUAUCACUGGGUUGUGAUUGGGCUAUGUGGCGGGCAUAUGUGUCAGGAUUUAUCAGCUUGAUGGUGUCAUGCACGCAGAAGUGGGUGCUAGAAGUUGAUGUGGAAAUAUUGAAGAUACUGAGCAAGGGACUUAGACGGUGGAAUGAGGAAGAACUGGCUCUGGCCCUGCUGGGACUCGGUGGCGUUGAGGCCAUGGGCGCAGCAGCUGAACUAGUCGUUGAAUGUGAGGUCUGAACUUCGUGGAGGCAUGUAGGCAUCCAUCAGAGAGAAACUUACGUACAGCGGGGAUGCCAUUGUCCGUUUCAGAGAAGUUCUUUCCGGUGAAAAGGCGACUUACGGACUUGUGAAUGUGAGGUCCGAACGUCGUGGAGGCAUCUAGGCGUCCAUCAGAGAGAAACUUACUUACAGCGGGGAUGCCAUUGUCCGUUGUAGAGAAGUUCUUUCUGGUGAAAAGGCGACUUACGGAGAUGCAUGUCUUGUACGAUAUUCCUUGUUGCGAUGUAAAGAUUGGGAGAUUGGGAGUUCAAAUCUUUUGCAUCCAUUUUGCUAUCAUGAACUUAACACAUGUCAAUUAAUGAUAGAGACCACACACUAAGUGAGGGCAGAAGAUUCAUGCAAAUUACAAAGGUGAUUCUUUUAUUGAAUAAUAAAAUGAUUUUGUGUUCAA